AUGGCACCUGGUUGUUGUCCAUGGUCGGUUGACGACCUCCCGCCCUGUUCGCUAACAGAUUUGUUCUUCGUAUUCACUCCACCAUCUCAUGCACUUGAUGUUGGGCCAGAAUCGAGCAUUAUCUCCUUGACCAUUCCUCUUAUCGCUCAAUCUCCCGCCAUAUUCCAUUCGAUGGUCUCGUGCUCUGCCAUUUUCCUCUCUCAGAAGCAACCUUCCUGGCGGCAGGUCGCCAUCAGACAUCACUGUGAAGCUCUCCGAAAUCUAGCUUUGGAGAUGUCAGACGGACGCCUAUCCGAGCCUUCAGUCGCAGUGUCCUCCAUGGCAGUGAUUCUGAUGAUUCACUUGUUCGAGAGUUUCGAUGCGUCAUCCAAAACACCAAGCUAUGCUCACCUGCUUGCAGUACACGAUAUCUUCUUCAAGGUUCCCCCCAAAAAUCCCCCAGAUACAACUCUAGGUGCUUUAAUCCUCGAGGCGUACGUCUACCGGGUAGCGAUAAACAGCCCCUUUCAUCCGGAACUGCUCAAAGCAUACGCUUCGCUGGAAGCACUUACAACCCUGUUGAUGUCCUCGCCAGCCAUGGGUGGCUCGGAAAUUGCAUCCUUCCGGCGCUCCUUAUGGCUUGGAAUGCCACCAGACUUAUAUGGGUUGUUGUACAAGGCUUCCUUUCUUCUGCACACAACACUGCUCGAUGGUGGACAGAUGAAGGAGGCAUUAAUCCUCAGUCAUCACCUCGAGGCUCUCCAGACAAAGGAGCUGCUGGACGAUGGACCUGACGAAAGGGCUUUGCUUACUGAGACCGAUGCUCUCGCGGCUCAAGCACAGCACCUGUACAUCGCAGCGGCCAAACUCCUCGUGCUGAAAGUCCUUUAUCGGGACAUUCAGGCUACCGAUGAUCGUGUGCAAAGUUUACUGAGUGAAGCAACGGUCAAUACAGUGUCCUUCAACGCAAUCAAGCAGUACCAUACGCCUUUGCUGAUAUGCCCAAUUGCUAUUCUGGGGACAGCCGCCAUACGUGCUCAAGACCGAGAAAUUUUGUUGGCUCAAUUGAAUAGAAUGCGAAGUCUCACAGGUUCGCGAGAAUCGGACUCUGUUUUGUGCUUCUUGCAAGAUCUAUGGAGUUCAGUCAUUGGACCAUUCGAGGAUGACCCCGCCGAACCAGGGCUGGGGUCCCCGCAACUGGAUGUCUGGCUUGACUACCCUCGCUUGAGAUGUGUGAGCCUGUAA